AUGACCGUAAAGCAUCUCUUGCUGGAGUACAACAAGCUGAAUGAACGAGGGACCUACUCGCCAGGGGACGUCAUCUCCGGAAAGGUGACCGUGGUGACCAACAAGGAAACCAAAGUGCAGCGUUUCCUGGUCCGAGCAAAAGGAAAAGCUGAGGUGACGUGGUGCGAACAAGAAGGACAAACCACAGUGGUUCAAAGCGACAAGAGGAAAUACUUUUAUUUUGAACACAUUAUUCUCCAGGAUAAAAACAAAGGAGAUGGUUCAGAAAUCAUCAGUCCUGGGAGAAACGUGUAUCCUUUCACCUUUGUGAUUCCCAAUAGUGACAUGCCCUCGUCUUAUGAGGGGAAAUGGGGCAAGAUCGUCUAUAGUCUACGAGCGCAGCUGACUCAGUCGAUCUGGCUCGUCCACAAAACCAAGAUGGAUUUUCCUUUCCUCACCAAGUCUGAGUACCCCUUUGCCUCCAGAUCAGAGACGAUGAUCAUCGGACUCAAGGAGCAGCAAAGUGCGACCACGAUUUCAUUUUACGGCCUUGGAAAGGUGACCAUGAAUGUUACCUCUGAGAAAAUGGGAGUGAAGCAAGGAGAGGCGAUGGGAGUUUCUGUAGAGGUGCUCAACGACUCAGCACGCACAGUCACACCCAAAUUCUACCUCUGUGAGAAGCAGACCUUUGUCGGCCAGUCGAAAAGGACCGUGCACACGAAUGACGUGCUCUUUGGGACAGGAGACUCUGUUCCGGCCCAGACGAGUCGCGUCGAAACCAAAGUUCUGAGUAUCCCUCCACAGACGCACCCCACCUUCUUCAACUGCUGCCUGAUGAAGCUCGAGUACAGACUCAAGGUCACUCUCGAUGUACCGCUGGCAAGAGACCCGGAGAUCAAACUUCCUCUGGUCGUCCUGCAAGGUUCACCAAAGCCACAUCAACAAAAACCAAAGAGAUCCAUCUGGUUCAGGAAACUUCCUGGUUAA